AUCAUGGACAAUUCUUCAAGCUCACAGCUAGAGCGUUAGGCAGGGAAGCCUAACGCGACCGAGUUAACUCACCUUCAUCUUCUCCAGAACAACCUCAAGAUCCUGGAAAACGAUCGAUCGUCCUUGCUCAGAUCCAUUGUUUGGACGAGGCUGCUGCUGCUACUCCUUUCCCUGGAGGCGGAAUUAAUCCGGCACCGGAUUCUAUUCAUUCAGGAGAAGAAGAUAGGAAAAUUUUGAUCUUGUUGAAUAGACCAUCUAAGCAGAUUCUUUGAGAGCUCAAGUCAUUCCACCAGACUCACAGGUCUGGUGAUUUCAUCUUUCGUUCAUUGCCUGUGUGUGUAUGAAAACAUGAGUUUUGUAUUCCGAGGGAAUAGAGCAGAUUUAGAGGGUGGAUUUCCAGGAUUUAUUCCUGAGAGGCGUGCGGUGCGUGUACAUGGUGGACGGCCUGUUCAUUCAAACUCUCUUGCUUUUCUCGUCACUGUACUCUUGCUGUUCAUGAUAUUGAACUCACACCAAAUGUCACCUAAUUUUCUGAUUUGGCUAGUGCUUGGUGUCUUUUUGAUGGCCACAACCUUAAGGAUGUAUGCCACCUGCCAACAACUUCAAGCUCAGGCCCAGGCUCAUGCUACAGCAGCCAGUGGCCUUCUAGGCCAUACUGAAUUGCGGUUGCACAUGCCACCAUCCAUUGCACUUGCAACCAGAGGGCGUCUACAAGGUCUCAGGUUGCAACUUGCACUUCUUGAUCGUGACUUGGAUGACCUAGAUUAUGAAACUUUAAGAGCACUUGAUGCUGACAAUGUUCCCACCGCCUCAAUGAGUGAGGAAGAGAUUAAUGCCCUUCCUGUUCACAAGUACAAGGUUCCUGCUCCUCAAAGUGACUCCUCAAUGCAACAGGCCUCUUCUUCAACAUCUUCUCAGAAGAAGCAGGACCACAGUAAUGCAGUGGGGACCAUGAAAGGCUCAGACGAUGAAUUAACCUGCAGUGUUUGCUUGGAGCAAGUUAAUGUUGGGGACCUUGUUCGUAGUUUGCCAUGCGUGCAUCAGUUCCAUGCUAAUUGCAUCGACCCAUGGUUGCGGCAACAAGGGACAUGCCCUGUUUGUAAAUUCAGAGCAGCAUCUGUAUGGCAAGAAUCUGCACAGGAUGGAAUGGAUGCUUCAUACAGGGUUUAGUUCCUUUUUAACAGGCCGGUUCAUCAAUGUAUCUAACAAUCUGUCCGCCCAUACAAGCUCAUAGAUCAAACAUGAACAUCUAAUCUUUUAACUUAUUUCUGGCAUUGGUUUGAUCAUCCAGUGGCUGAAACUUGUGUGAUCACAUAGCAAGUCAUAUAGUUGUGUUAUUUAAGUAAUUAAGUUACAAUUGGAAAUCACGUGUUAUUGUGUCUUUGACCGAAGUGUCGUGCUCGAGUGGGCUUUUUGCCCCAUUUUUACACCAA